AUGGCCGCCAUGCCCACACCCCGCGCUCUCUCUAGCGCCUCCCAGCCAGUGGUUGGAGCAGCUGUCCGCGCAUGGACCUCUUCUACAGCCCGAGAGAGAGUGCAGGGAAGCGGCCAGCGCAGACAUAGGGGCCGUGUGAGACUCAGGGGCCUCAUGUGUGAUCACAGCCGCAGGCUGGAUGGAGCCCGGCAGGAACACCGUUGGCGUGGUGCUGCCAGCGUGUGGGAGGACCCAGGCCCUUACCAUGUGGCCUACCCCCGGGACUAUCGCUUCCUCCUGGAGGACACUGCAGUGUGUAAGGACCCAUCUCCAUUUGUGCUGCUGGUGGUGCCCGUAGCCCCUGCAGACGUCGCAGCCAGGAAUCUGAUCCGCAGCUCUUGGGGCAGGCAGGCAGAAGUGCGGGGCCGUCUGGUACGGAGCCUUUUCUUGGUUGGGGUGGACAGCAGUCUGGGGGCCCACACUGUUCAGCUGAAGCUGCAACAGGAGAGCCAGCAGUACCACGACCUGGUGCAGAGCAACUUCAUCGAUUCCUACCGCAACCUCACCAUCAAGACCAUGGUGAUGCUGGAGUGGCUGGCUGCUCACUGCUCCUCCUCCGCGACAUAUGUGGUCAAAGUGGACUCGGACAUGUUCCUCCACGUGCCCAACCUGGUGGACCUACUGCUGCAGCCGGACACCCCCAAGAACAAUUACAUGAGCGGCCUGGUGUGGUGGCACAGCCCGGUCCUCCGCAACCCGUGGGACAAGUUCUACAUGCCCCGUGAGGUCAUCGCAGAGGAAGAGUACCCCCCCUACCCACUGGGUAUGACUUAUAUCAUGUCCCUGGACCUGCCUCACAAGAUUCUGUCCGUGUCCAGGGAGAUCAAGCCCAUCUUCAUUGAGGACGCCUAUCUUGGCAUGUGCCUGAAGCGGCUGCAGAUCUCCCCCACCAACCCCCCAGCCCAAGACAUGUUCCUGGUGAACCAGCCCCAUCCACUCAGUCCCUGCGCUCUGUCUCGAGUCGUCGCCACCACCACCACCGGCGCUCAGCUCAUGAUGAACUACUGGAGGCGCAGCCAGCAGCCUGAAACUCGCUGCUAG